AUGGGUGUUACAAAGUGUCCACAAAACUCUGAAAAAAGGAGUCUCGGUAUGAUUUUUCAAAUAGUUGUUUCAUUUGUGGUUGAAGAUGGCUUCCCAGUUCCAAUAUGUGAUCAGUAUUCUGCUCAACUUGGCUCAGCUCGUAGGGAUCUACCAGCUUUGUGCAACUUCACUUCCAUUGGGAAGGUGCAUCAGCCCAAGGAUAAAAGAUCAAGUGACUUCUGCUCUAAGUUGAUGCAUCAUUGGCAAUCAAAGGACGCCUUCUGUGAAACCUAUAGUAGGUCCUUGAAUGGCUUGGAUGUCUGUUUCAAUAGAAAAACGGGUUCGCUUGGUAUUGCUGAAGCUCCUCAGGCCCCAAAUGGUGCCUGCCUUGACAAAAUUGGGAAUUGGUCUUACAUUAGCAUGAAUGUGGAUCUUGAUGAAUCCAAGCCCUUUCUAGAUAUAACUGAGCAAGUGCAUUUUGAUGACCAAUUUAGGUGUACUGGAAUAGCUUUCCAUCCUAAUUUUGUGAAUAAUGGUCGUUUCUUUGUUUCAUACAAUUGUGAUAAGUUGCAACACUCGGUAUGUUCAGGCAGAUGCUCAUGUAACUCAGAAGUAAAAUGUGAUCAAGCAAAGCUUCCAGUUGAAAGUGGCACUGAACCAUGCCAGUAUCAUAUUGUUGUAGCAGAGUUCACAGCAAAUAGUACUGCAUCAACACGUUCCUUGUCAAAGUUCAAAAUGUCGAACUCCCAAUCUGCACCUCUAAACGUGGAUGCUGAGUCCGGUCACCACGUCGAGAACAACAAUAUGGUACCCGAUAACGAGGUGCCCCCUGUCGAUCCCAGCGGAGUUCCGGUCGCAGACCCAAUCGACGCUAACUCACAUGUGGCCAUCAAUGCGAAUCAGCAUACCGAUCCUGAGAACAGCGUCCGCGGGGCCCAACAUGCAGCGAUAGGCCCGCUGCAGAACCAAAGUCGCACCCCCAGCAGAGUUGAGCCCGAGUCGUCCCGGAAAAUCACUCGCAGAAAUGAACCAAUCACGGAGAGGCCGAGUGCGAAAUCGCGGGUGCGGCAAAUUUCUUGCAGAAGCGAGAAGGGACUGGAGCUGGGGGAGCCGCAGAAGCGGACUGGAGAAGCACACCUGCGUGUGCGCAGGCGCGAGGCAACUACCGCUAGUGUGUAA